AUGGAUGUUGGUGAAGCGAUGAAAAUAUUCAAUAUUCGCGUCCGAACAGCAUUUCUACGUUGCAUGGAAGUUGCUUUGCGACUACCUGGCCUUUUGCUAUUCGAACUUUGGUGGCGUAAUCGGGACAUACAUUUCAAUCCCGAUUUGUUCAAGCAAUCAUUUUCAUCAUAUCUGGAAAUGGAUCAGAUCAUUGAAUUUAUUCAAACGAGGAAUUUUGACCAAACUGGGGCACAAAUACUAAGCUAUGCUGUUGUGCUUAUGUCACUUAUGUUUUUUCUUCUUCCGCUCUACAAACUUAUGCAAAUUUAUUUUCACAUAUUUUCAUUAUUGCUAUUCUCCGUGUCGCAUUAUCUCUCAGCUCGAUAUGUUCAACUGGAGCAGAAUGGGGAUCCAGACUUGAAGUUGGAUGAUUUCACUAAAUUAGAACGACACAGCUUUCAUAUUUUGGCCCAGUUAGUGCUUUGUGUAGUGCAGAGUUGUCUCCUAAGCUUGGAAAAUGAUAUUGCACGAGUCACGCUUGCAGUUUUUCUGAUCCCGAUAAUUGCUCGGAUGUGUGCACUGCCUAUCGAUCGCCUAAUCAUUGCUCACAAUGUGGCUUGUUCUUUGGCGGUAAUAGUAAUUUGCAUAUAUGUUUUAAACAAAACUCCAGCUCUGUUGCUGUCCAUGCGCCAUUCUGUGCGAUAUCUUAAAGUUAUUAUAAUUCAUCGAGGUAUUGCAGGAGGUGCUGCCAUUUUGUGGUAUCGUUUACGGCUCGCAGAAAUAUUAAUUUCGGCAUGGUUAAUAAUGUUUUUUACGAGAGUUUAUGUACAUUUGGCUGGAAAGGGAAGAGGUUUUGAUGAAAUUGGUGCAAUAUUCCUAGCAUCGGUAGCAGAAAGCACGAACACGCCACUGUCACUGUUGGCACUGGCAUUGACUGUGAGCUGUUUUUGUAAACAAAUUUUGACUAUUGCGGGAUGUAUUGUUGGUGGACAACGAGAUCAUAGACAUAUUUUGGCUAACGGUGGCUACGCGGGAGCAUUAACACUUGCAUUGCUUUGUGCACAAACAGGUGUUCUCGGAAUGCAAACUGAACAGAAAGCUUUUCUACUUGGGCUGGUCCUUCUCAUUGUUGUGUCCGCCUUGCUGCAGUCGUUGUAUGAAAUUCUUGAACUGCGAUUACUUGCGAUAGCUGCAAAUAGAUUGACGAGCCGAAGUCAACAUAUGCGAUCUGUUUUUUUGGCUGUUAUUGUAAUUGGAACAUCACUUUGUACUUCUGCUGCUAUUACCCGAUUUCUACCUAUUGACUUGUGGUGUCUAAUAAUAGUUUCAAAUUGUUUGCUGACGGCAGUUCAUACAUUAUCGGCCCUCAUCGUAUAUGCCAUAUAUGUGUUAGAGAGAGAGUCUAUGGAUGCAUGGGGACGAGCUGACUACGUCGUAUUCAUAUGCAAAACAAUUACGUGUGGUGUUGAAGUAUUACUUGCACUGAAUAUUGUUUGCUACGGUAUUCUAACGUCUUUAAUGGGUCACUGGACAUUGACAAGCCUGGCUGUCUUGGUAUUCUACCUGUAUUUCAGUGUUUGGAGGCGAUUGCAGGCUGGAAUUGUUAGCGUGCAAUCACGACAUGCAGCAUACUUGAGCUUGUCACAACUGCCUCAUGUGUCCAAAGCAACAUUGCAACAGCGAUGUGAUGCAUGCGCGAUCUGUUUGUUCGAUAUGGUGGAAGAUGUACGCGUAACACCUUGCAAGCAUUUUUUCCAUAGUGUCUGCUUAAGAAAGUGGCUGUGUGUUAAACAGGUGUGCCCUUUGUGUUAUUUUAAUCUCAGUGAAAUUUCUGGAGCGCUUGAACUGUUUUUGGAAGGGACUGGCACUAUAUAUGCACCAGAAGACGCAGAAAAUGGUAGUACGGAGUCAUCUGAUGCUGAAGAUCCUUCUGAAGAUGAUGAGUAUUUUCCUUGA